AGACUGAUACCCUCUAUCAUGUGACUACGGUUGUAUAUUGGUAAUACAGUACCGGUAGCAGGACCCAACAGCCGGCAAAACAGCGGUCUACUCUACUCCUUGCUUGAUCAGAGCAAAAGGCUUCUGUUGUUGUGUUAUUAUUGAAUUCAGCAACAACGAUCUACUAGCUACAGUAGUAGUAGGAGACGAAAAAGAAAAGACAGUACGAAAAGGAGGAUACAGAGAGACACGCUACAAUGACAUCCGAGAACAAGGGUCCAUUCGAAUGGCUGUCGGGCGGUCUGAUCUUUGGCAAGAAGGGUGGCAUUGAAGGCGUGGACUCGUGCAAAGAUGUGGGAGCCUUGAUUACAGGCAUGGACGAGAAUCUCAAGGAGAUUUGUCUUCAGCAAGAGUCGUCGGCAGAAGCGGCAAAAUUUUUGGAGGCGCGGUCGUCGCGAUUACGAUUUUUGCUGUACGAAGAGCGGCGCAUUACGUCCUCCCAGGAAAGUCGUCGGAGUUCUCCGGCUGUGGCAGGAGCCACCGUGGGCGCGUUGACGGGAGACUCCAUGUCUCAUUUGGUGCCUCGGUUAUUGGACAAUCUGGGAGCGCUGCCCUUUGAAAGUCGCAAACACGUGGCUUCCAUUGUCAAUUACCUUCUUGUGUGUGGAUUGGAAGGAUCGGACGGUCACCUCUAUCAACCCCUUAUGAAUUCCUUUCGAGACUACGUCGCAUCACGAUACGAUGAAAUUAUUUCCACGCUCGUCAAAGGACACGACUGUGAAUUGCACGGCGGACAAGCCGAUUGUUCACUCCAUUUUGGAUCCAUGUUACGGUCCUGUCUACGGCAUGUAGCGCUCUAUCAACAACUGACCAUCACCACCGAACGAACACAACGCUUUGUCUUUCCAUUUCUUGAUAAAUACGUUCAUUUGCCUAAUUUUGAUGUCUCCAGUGAUGCCAUGGAGACGCUACGGAUCAUCUUUACCGGAUCUUCUUCUUCCGGGGCUACUGCGCAUCAACACGACGAACAAACGCAACAAGCCAUGGCGGAAAUUGCCGCAAACUUUUUGACCAGAGAUUAUGACGCCAUUUGGGUGCAACGAUUCCCUCUGCUCUUGACCGAAACGGCAAAUUACAUGACACGACGAAUGGCUCUCCAAAUCUUAUCCACAGUCUUGUUGACACGGUCCAAUUAUGCCGUCAUGAUCAAAUACGUGGCCGAACGGAGGAAUUUAGUGCUCGUCAUGAAGCUAUUGCGAGAUACAUCGCCUCAUAUCACUCUCGAUGCCUUUCACGUCUUUAAAGUAUUCGUGGCAAACCCCAACAAACCACCCGAAAUCAUCAAGAUUCUCAAGGACAAUAAAGAAAAACUGUGUCGCUAUCUCGAAACGCUACACAAGGAUAGAGAAGAAGCCGAUACACAGUUUCGAGAUGAAAAGGCACUCAUCAUUGCCACAAUAGAAGGGCUGUGACAGACCUAUAACAACAACAAUAUAUAUGCAGGAAUCGUGUGUCUAGAUAGGUAGAUAUUAUCUUAUGCAUACAAUUCUAGAAUUAUUUAGAGAAGGAGCAUGAGUUCAGGUAC